AUGCUCCCCAGCGCGGUGGCAGCCCACGCCGGUGCGUACUGGGACGUGGUGGCUUCCUCCGCGCUCCUCAACCUCCCGGCUGCGCCCGGCUUUGGCAACCUGGGCAAGAGUUUCCUGAUCGAGAACUUGCUGCGGGUCGGGGGUGCCCCGACGCCCGGGCUACAGCCGCCCGCGCCCCACGGCCCGGCGACCGCCCUGGCCACCGCGGGCGCGCAACUCCGGCCCCUGCCCGCCAGCCCGGUUCCCCUAAAGCUGUGCGCCGCAGCCGAACAAGUUAGCCCCGCCGGGGCGCCCUACGGUACGCGGUGGGCUUUUCAAGUGCUCAGUCCCUCUAUGGACAGUGCCAGGCUGCCGGGCCGGGCUCCGGGGGACCGAGACUGUACCUUCCAGCCUUCAGCGCCAGCACCUUCCAAACCUUUUCUUCUGAGCGCGCCGCCAUUCUACUCGGCGUGCUGUGGUGGGUCCUGUCGGCGCACUGCAUCCUCCGCUGCUUUUCCAAGAGAGGAGAGCGUGCUGCCUCUCCUGACACAGGACUCUAAUUCCAAGGCUCGGAGGGGCAUUUUAAGAAGAGCUGUCUUUUCUGAGGACCAGAGAAAGGCUCUGGAGAAAAUGUUUCAGAAACAGAAAUAUAUCAGCAAAACAGACCGAAAGAAACUUGCCAUCAACUUGGGACUAAAGGAAUCACAGGUGAAAAUUUGGUUUCAGAACAGAAGGAUGAAAUGGAGGAAUUCCAAAGAAAAGGAAGUGCUUUCCAACAGGUGUAUCCAAGAAGUAGGUAUUCAAGAGGAUCCCCUCUCACGGUCUGCUCUGGGUUUCCCUUCUUCAUGUCCUUCAAUAUGGGAUGUCCCCCAACAGCACUCAAGUCCAAGAUGGAGGAAGAAUUCUCCAGAACCUUCAGAAAGACUAAUCCAGGAGAGUUCAGGGGCACCACCCCCAGAAGCAAAUUCACUGCAAGGUGCCUUGUAUUUAUGUUCUGAAGAAGAAGCUGGAAGCAAGGGUGUACUUACUGGGGCCGUCUGAAUGGAAGCAUUCUUCCACGUCAAUUUAAAAGAACGCUUAGUAGUAACAUUUGGGCUCUAAUGCCAGCUCGCCUGUACCUCAUCAGUGCUUACAGCCUAACAACUUUGGAGCGAUAUAUGAACUAAUGCUUUAGGAAACUCACUCCAGUGUUCUCUUGUUUGGCCCUAGACUCAGGCUUAAUUUGUAAGUGGAGUAGAAUCUCCCAAGAAGUAUGAUGGAACUGAAAAGAAUGACAGCAACAGCUGGCUCGGUCCCUGCUCUUAGUAUGUGUAUAUGUGUGUGUGUCUCUAUGUGUGUAGAUACAUAAAUAUCCAUUAAAAUGUGUUAGUAGAAA